UUACUUUAAUCGGAAAGACAGACUGGCUGCGUUUAGUGCACUCGGAGAGACCUAAGUACAUGCGUACAAUCUUCCACGCCCAAAAAGAUGCUGGUCCAACUGCUGACCCUCGGCCUGGGGCUGCUGCUGGUGGGGGAAGAGCAGCUGCAGGCAUUGGCCCUGACCAUCACCAACGGGCAUUGCCAAAAGAACAUCAGCGUCAAGUAUCAGGUGCCGGUGACCAAGUCACGGAUGCCCGCCAACGCCACCUCGGAGUCGCAUGCGGAGCAGUACGUGGUCUACGAGGAGCGGAUCCGCUGGGACAACGUGCAGGUGUGCUGCCCCGGGUACCGCACCAUUUUGUUUGGAUUCUGCGAGCCCAUCUGCUUGGAGGCCUGCCCCGCCUACAGCUACUGCGUGGAGCCCAACAAGUGCCACUGCAUGCGCGGCUACGAGCACUCGCACCACCCGAACAAGCAGCAUCAGCUCAUCUGCCGGCCCAUCUGCCAGGGCGGCUGUCCGGAGCACAGCCACUGCGUGUCCCACAACGAGUGCGAGUGCCGGCCAGGCUACAAGGACGUGAGCCGUUGGUACAGCCUCAGCCUCAACUGCGAGCGAGUCCAGUGCGGCCGAGAGCAACGCUAUGACCCCGCCCGUCAUUCCUGCGUCAAAAUCGAGAUGAGCAUGGAGGAGCUGAUGCAGCGCGUGGCCGAGCGCCUGGCCCAGGGUCUGGAGUCGACCACCGAGACGCCAGCUGGAGACGACAACAAUGAGACUUAGUUUAGUUGAAUCAAGUAACUUAAGAGCAUGACAAGCUU